AUGGCAGAGCCUCCGUCUUCCAGGACCGGAGCAUCGAUAAUUUAUGAACCAAAGGAUGGUGAGCCCAUGGUUGAUAUUGUCCUCGUCCACGGACUGCAGGGACAUCCCUUCAAGACCUGGACGUAUGGACAUGGAUUCAAAGCAGAAACAGAAGCCGAAACGGCGCGAAACGGCGCGUCUGAUAGUCAAGACCAGAUGACAAAUUCUCCAUCGAAGGGGCCUUGGUUACAAGACUUGAUCCGAAGAUUUCAAGGCAGCAAAAGCCAAGACACCACCAAGCGUAACCCGAAGGCUAGCAUUUUUUGGCCUCGAGAUCUUCUACCUUCUGAUUGCCCCAAGGCUAGAAUUAUUGUUCUAGGAUAUGACACUGUCAUCGUCAAAUUACCGUCCAGUGGAAGGACGAAUCAGAACAAUAUUUUCACGCAUGGCAAAGAUAUUUUGAAUGAACUUUCGCGAACACGUCCUUUGGGCCGAAGAGUCAUCUUUGUCGCCCAUUCAUUGGGAGGUAUCCUAGUUAAAGAGAUACUCACAAACUGCUCUACUUCAAACUCUGAGGAGCUUCAAGACAUUCUGAAUUCAACCUCCGCCGUCAUAUUUCUAGGCACGCCUCACAGAGGGAGCUCAGUAGCGUCUCUCGGGGCUAUUGCACGAAAGGCAGCCAGUCUACUCUUGCUAGAUACCAAUUCUAGUAUUGUUGAUAGUCUAGCUCUUAAGAAUGCUGAUCUUUCCCGCUGCCAAGACGUAUUCUCUUCUCUCUGGGCCAAACAUGACUUUCAGGUAAAGUCAUUUCAAGAAGGGUUGGCUUUCAAGUUCAAGAUUAGAGGCCUGCCAUUUGUAGUCGCAAAAGCAAAGGUUGUUCCUGAUUUUUCUUCCUGUCUUGGAGAUCCUCGCGAGAGGGCCGAGACGUUGCAUGGCGACCACAGAGAGAUUUGCCGAUUCGACAGCGCUGAUUGUCCAAAUUAUAAAAAGGUGUCAGGCGAGAUUAAAAGGAUAUACAUACAGCUCGAGGCUGUGGUCUAUGAAGGCGAAAAACCGAGUGUUAAUUAUACAGCCUCCGGUAAGAUCGAGCGCUUUCUUGGCUUCCCAGGAAUGCAAAAUCGCUUGAGGGCCAUCAAGAAUCCUCUUUUAAACACAUGCACAUGGCUAGCACGAGUGAAAGCUUAUGAGGACUGGAUCUCUCGAAAGAAUGUCAAAGUACAUCAUGGUCUGCUACAAGUUGUGGGAAAACCAGGGACAGGUAAAUCAACAACUAUGAAGCGAACGUUCGAGCAAGUUUCUUCCAAGUUUUCUGAGCCUACGAUCUGUGUUGCCGGUUUCUUCUUCAACAAGCGGGGUAAUUUGCUGGAGCACUCACAGUUAGGCAUGUUUCGCUCAUUGCUUCAUCAAAUCUUGCGAUUUCAUCCCCAGAAAUUUCCAGCCCUCUUGAAGCUACGGGAACAGGAGUCACAGGAACAGGAUGACGACCAGAUUUCAGAUGAAUAUCUAUCCAGCUUUCGAGAAAUAUUUCAAGAUAUUUUUUUAGAUGAACAGAACAAUACUAGAACCGUCAUUUUUGUGGACGCUCUCGACGAAUGCGAUGAGCCAGGUAACCGCGACAUAGCCUACUUUUUUCGCCACCUCACAGACGAAGCAUACAAAGCCGGCGUGCAGCUUGAUGUGUGCUUGUCCAGGAGAGAAUUUCCAAAUGUGGUCCUGAAAGAUUGUCCAGAAAUCAGAGUGGAGAAGUUUACUCGUUCUGACAUUGAAUAUUACAUCUCAAGGCGGCUCGAAGUUGCCGGAUUCGGUGAUAACCAGACUACGAAGCAAAUUCAAUGCGAAAUUGCCAACAAGGCUGAUGGGAUCUUUCUCUGGGUCAUCUUGGUUAUCGAUAAAAUCAUCAAAGAAAGUGCUAAUGGGCGUAACAAGAAGUACCUCCUUGACGAGAUACUCCGCCUGCCAGCUCAGCUCAACAGCCUUUUCGCCGAGUUGCUGGACCCAAGUAAAAUGUCAAGGGCAGAACUUCAGAUAGUUAUCUACUUGUUUCAGUGGGCGGUGUUGUCUACGAGCCCAUUACGACUUCGAGAAUGGCAUCAUAUUCUUGCCUUCAUUUAUGGACCCCAAAAAUCGCUUGCUGAAUGGAAAGAUUCCAAGUUUUACACUGCCACUGAUCAAGAGUUGGUGGAUCAACUUAGGGCGAUUUCUCGUGGUCUCGUUGAAGUGAAAAUGCAUCAAUCCACAGGUGCUUCGGAGGUUGAGGACGUGAAAUCCGCGGCUGCCGGAGCAGGCUCCCUUGAUAGUUCAUCUGGAGACAGCAGAAUUGUCCAGCUAAUUCAUGAAUCUGUACGUUCAUUCUUCGUUGAGGGCGGAGAGUGGCUAUCGAAGGCUUGGGAGGUUGCAGGAUAUCAGAAGAACGGCAUCGUAUCAUUUUGUGCAGAAGGACAUAUUGCCCUAGCAAAGUGCUGCUUUCAAUAUUUGGCUGUCGAGGAACUUCAAGGACUCUCUGACGCUCGGAUACGCACAGAACAGACUGAAGUUCACCGGCAGUCUUCCCCGUCUCUUUCCUCUUUUUACCCCAAGAUGUUCACAGAACAGCCUGAAGCUCACUUGGAUAAUUCCAACCCCUUUCUACCAAUGAGUAACCGAUUGUCUUCUUAUAGGCCAUACAAUGUCGUUUGGCAGCCUUCCGUACAUUCUCGGGCCACCAGUUUUGGGUCCUCGGCUAGCAGCCAUGAUAACCGCAAUUCUCCCUACCCUGAUGAUAGGGAAGACGCAAAUUCUUUCCCUCGUCCUCUUGAGGAUUUAGAGCUAGGCGAAAACAAUCAAAAACCGCGGGACAUCUCAGACCUCAUAUCUGGAUCCAUGAAUUCCCACUCAUCAUUAGCGAGAUCCAAAAUCCUUAGUGAUUAUCCGGCUCUCGAAUCGUAUGCCAUCAAUAGAGUCUUUCUCCAUGCUCGAUUGGCUCAAGAUGACGGCGCGGACCCAAUGCCAAUCAUUGACCUUCUUCAUAAUGGACAUUACUGGCAACGGUGGUUGAGCUUGCAGGAAAACAUCACUGAGACGAAUUCAUUGUUGUCAUUGGCGGUGGAGCAGGGAUUGGAUACCUGGGUGGAUUGCAUUAUGAGAAGCAAGUCAAUCCGACCCCCUUCGGAUCAAAUUGACUCUGCACUCCUUUCCGCGAUACUUUGUUGCCGAACCGAAUCAAUUCGCAUUCUUGUGGCUCAUGGUGCACAAGUCCACACAGAGGAAAUAGAGAAUGCGCUGAGGAAGAAGAAGUUUCGUCAGACUUUUCUGGCAGCAUUGAAAGGAAAUCACGCCGUGGAAGAGACGAAGGAAAUAGUCUUAAGUGCGGUGGUUCCUGACUACCGGCUAAUAUUCAACAAAGCAAUCGGGACUGGUGAUUUUGAAUUAGCCCUAGACUUUCUCAACUUCGAUGUUAGCGUCAAGCAAAAGCUUUGCAAUAUUCCUCUUCAUGACUUCUUUGGGGGAAGGUAUUGCAAGCCCGAUCACCUUUCCGCGGCAUUACAAUUCUUCUUAGACAAAGGUGCGGAUAUCAAUGAGCGGAACGCAUCCGGUGAAAGUCUUGUUCAUCUUGCCGUCCAGUCUCGUGAUAUCAAACUUCUCCAUGCGCUAGUACUGGCCGGCGCAGAUGUUGAGGCCAGAGAUGACCAAACGUUCACACCGCUCCACCAGCUUAUCCGGUCUAUUUCAGAUGAUAGCUCAUCUUGUAUUCUUCAACAAUUAGUGUCCUGCGGAGUUGAUGCUACUGCAACGGAUAGCCAGGGUCGUACCCCCCUCCAUCUAAUUGCUGGAAAAGUUGAGGCUUCAGCCAGCAUCAGAUGGUCAAAAACUGCAAGCGAUGAGAGCGAAGAUGUAUUUACACAGUUGUUUGUAAAGCUAAUAGACGCUGGGGCAGACGCGAAUGCAAGGAGCUCUUCUGGAUGGACGUCGCUCCACCAUAUGUGCUACGAACAUGGUAGAGAGGCAUUUAUCCAAGAUCUCGUUCGUGCCGGUGCGGAUAUCAAUGCGAAAGACGGUGCAGGUAGAACGCCACUCCAUCACAGCGUUGAAAGCGUUCGAACUGGGAACUUGGUUAAAGAGUUGAUCGCUAACGGUGCCAUUAUCCAUAUUGAAGACGCACAGCAUUGCACCCCGAUAGAUAUUGUGCUUGAACAAUUGGAAGCAAAUGGGCUUCAUUCCGCGAGAUUUCAUCACGUCAAUACACUGGUGUCUGCUGGUGCUCAGAUUGAUGUUACACGUCGAGACUCACGCGGUCAGACGCUACUAUACAAGGCAGUGCUUGCUGGCGAUAAGAAGCUUGCUGAGUUUCUCGUUUUGCACGGCGCAGACGUUAACGAGAAGGACGAAGAGGGCCGAUCGGCUCUUCACCUUGCGUUUUCACUCGCCACAAACGAAGGAUUGAUAUCCAACUUCUAUGUUUCAGCAAAGACAGCAACCGGCCUCACUGCCUUGCAUAUUGCCGCCGACGCUGGGAUUUACGGACUAAUCGAUAGAUUGGUUGCACUAGGGGCCGGGCUGGAUGAGCGUGAUCAUCUGGGGAGAACCCCUUUAUAUCUCGCCGCAGCUCAAAGUUAUACUCUCGUAAUUCGUGAGCUUCUCAGAUCCGGAGCAAAUGCUCGCAUUCGAGAUAAAGCAGUUGUUGCAACUGCGAAAUACACGCAACGGGCUUAG